UCAAUUUGAUGAUGCACGCAGUAAAAUAUUUUUACUCAAUUCGUGAAUCCAUUUGGUUUAGUCUUUUGUUUUUUAUUGAAUUCUAAAUAUCACGAUGAAUAUCAUCUAUAAAUCCCCUUUUGAUCGACAACAUAAAGUGUUGGAAGCGAAUAGAAAUGGAAUUGUUCCUAUUGAUGAAUUAAAACGUCUCAUCUUGCUCAAAGAGAAUCUUCCUUCUUUAUCAAUCGACUUCGAUGUAUUUCGCAAUGGAAAGAAAAUUGUUGAUAACUUGAAUCUUGAUGGAAUUGAUAUCUUUAUUCAAUUAUUCAUACCGAUUCCAGGUGGUAAAGGUGGUUUUGGAUCCAUGCUUCGAGCAAUUGGAGCUCAGAUUGAAAAAACAACAAACCGUGAAGCAUGCCGUGAUCUUAGUGGUCGAAGAUUGCGAGAUGUAAACGAAGAAAAACGGAUCAAAGAAUGGAUAAAAAAACAAGCAGAUCGCAAAAAAGAAGAGGAGAAAAAGAAGCGUGAAAAAUUAAAACAAAUUGCCGAAGGAAUUAUCGCACCUAAUUGUAAAUAUGAUGACGCUGAUUUUGAAAAAUUUCGUACCGAAAUUCCCGACAUUAUUGAUGAAUCAAUUACGCAAGGUUUACAAAAGCAACAAAGUUCUAGCAAAAGAAAAUUGGAAACAGAAAAUUCUAUCGAUGACUCAUCAUCAGAUAAUCGUGACCAAAGUGAUAAAUCAAAAGAUAAAUCACCAAUUCCUAUACCUACAAAAAAAUUGGCAAAAAAGCAUGAUCUUUGGUUGGGCGUAGAUAUCUCAGAUUCAGAUGAUUCCGAUCAAGAAGAAACGCUUGUUGAAAAAAUAUAAUUUAUUACACACAGACACACAUAUACAAGUACUCAAAAUUGACAUUCAAUCUUAAUGAAUGACAAAAAAAUAAACAAUUUUUUUUCUUUUACCAUCACGACGGACAAACAUCGCAUCCAAUCAGUAAGAAGAUAUUUUUAUUUUUUUUACACUCUAAUAAUGAGGUCAUUGUGUCAACCCAAACAACAUGAAAAAUUUUGUUUGAUUUGAUCCAAUGUUUUCUCGAAUGUCACUACCAUCAUCACCAACACAAAUUGUAAUCUUGUUUUCAACAUAUAUAUUCACAAUAAAUUUUUGUCAUAUACAAUAGGAUAAAAUUUUCUUAACAAAUAUAUCAUAUUAUUCGAUUCUUUUGUAUAAUAACAUUACUCAAAUUUCGAAAAAGGAAUUUCUUUGUAUUUAUUUGACCAAUAUGAGAUGUGUAUAUUUUCAAAUUAUAUAAGAAUCACUUGUUCCAUUCAACUAUAGAAUUACAUCAAAAAAAAAAAUAAAUAAAUAAAUUUCCAUGAA